CCUUCGUUAUUCUUCUCCCGACAUUUUUCUCUUCUAUAAGAAGAUUGGUGUAUGCAUGAAAGAAACACUAAGAAACUUGAAAGAAGGGCAGAGAGAGAGAGAGAGAGAUGGGUACGAAGGUUAACACUAUGCCAAUCAUAAGCAAGAUGUACUGUUCCUCUUCCCAGGCUGUGCUUGUAGUAAGGAGGAGGCCACAUGUGAUAAGUGGAGGGGGUUUUGUGGUGACAGAUUGUAGUAAUGAUCAGAAGGUCAUUUUCAGGGUAGAUGGCUGUGGAAUUCUAGGCACAAAAGAGGAGCUGCUUCUGAGGGAUGGUAAUGGAGUUGCUUUGCUGCUCAUCCGCCGAAAGCAGGAGGGGAUGGUUGAAGCUCUAAGCCUUUACAAGAAAUGGAAGGGUUACACUUUCAACUACGAAGGUUCUCAACAAUUAGUUUUCUGCUUAAAAGAACCCAAAACAUGUCCGCUAAGGAACAAAUUAAACAAUAUUUCAAUGAGAAUUUCCACAGAACCCCGGGCAAGCAACAAAGACUGGGACUUCGAGGUCAAAGGCUAUUUCCCUGACAAAGAUUGCAGCAUCAUCGAUACCAAAGGCAACGUCGUGGCGCAGAUUGGAGCCAAGAAGCAGGAGUUGAUGGCAAGCAAGGAUCUGUACCAUGUGGUCGUGAAACCAGGCAUUGAUCAAGCUUUUGUUUUUGGUGUGGUUGCUACUCUCGACUACAUUUAUGGUGAAUCUACGAGGUGCUGAUUCAGAGAUUAAUUAUUAGCAGACGAUCGACAACAUAUAUAUAUAUAUAGAAGGCUUUUUGUCACAUACAAGAACAUGAGAGAUCCCAGAACUUCUGUUCUUUCCAUCUAGCUGAUGCAUAUUAUGCUAAUUGCAGCCUUCUUUUUUGUUUUUUUUUUUUUCCAGCAGGUAAUGUACGUAUAUGUUUGUGUUGAUGAUCACCACCCAUUGUAUUGUAGUUUAAGCUAUAAUAAAAGCUAUGGAAGGAGCUUUCUUUUCUAAA